AUGGCGCAGAAGAAUACUGUAGGAACUAAAAGAGGAUUAACAGUACGUCAACCACCAGAUCUAGGUCCACCAGCUGUUCCUUUGCCAUUGACUGCUGUGCAGACGGGAAGAAUGGCUUCAGCAAUGGCUGUGCCUGCCUUCAAACCAAUCCCACCAGCCGACGAGCGUAUUUUACCUGCGGUGGCUAAAACCCAAAACACGCAGAAACUAGUGGCUCAACCAACCAAAGCUCAGCUUCAGGCUCAGCAGCAAACAAAAGCUCAGCUGCAAGCCCAACUCUCCCAGCAGACCAAAGCUCAGCUUCAAGCUCAACUCGUCCAACAUGCAAAAUCACAAAUGCUCACCCAGCAAGCGAAAGCUCAGCUUCAAGAUCAAUUAGCAGCUCAAGCAAAAGCACAUUUGGCUGCACAGCAAUUGAAAGAGUCCAAAGCUCAGCCAAGUGCUGCCCAAAUUUCGGUGGCCCAACAGGCUCAACAAUUGGUGCAAGCUCAUCAGAGUUUCCCGAUGAGUAUGAGGAACUACACGAGACCUCUCCAAGUGUCUUCCGUUGCGGGAAAUCUGGUAAAACCGGCUCCGGUUUACAGGCCGGCAGUUCCUGUUCCGGCAUUCCAGGCGAUGCCCGAAGCAGUAUCUCGCAUAUCAACCGGUCCAACAGUCUUAGUCGACAACAGCCUCGAGAACCAAGUCAAAAACUCCAUAAUUCCUGCAAACCAUCGUCCAAUCGAUCCAAUGCAAGAACCUUUACCAUCUCGGCCACCAGUCAAAAGGGUUCCAAGCUCUCGCCCAAUAUUGGUGACCCCGGAACCAACGUCCUUAAGUGGUCCUGCUUUAUCCAAAUUGGAGAUCAAACCCGAACUUUUGGCGAAUGGUACUCAUCUCAUGGGUCAUAGUGUUGAAGAUUUGGCUGCUGCUACAAAUAUUUCGGUGGAGACGAUACAAGCAGCAAUUUUGUUGAGGCAACAGCAAUUAAUGAAUCAACAUAAAGUAGCAAUUUCUACGAGGAGGCCGAUAACUACUACGAGUACGACGACUUUUAGACCGAUUGUCUUGCCAUCACAAAAAAUCGCACAUAAACAGGUGUCGGCAACUAACAAAGUGAUGAACGCACCACGUGAAUAUUAUCCAGUUGGUUACGAGAAGAACUUCGACGACAAUUUCGCGUCGAGAGUUGAGCUGCCUGAAACCAGCUUCUACUGCGGUGACCAGAAGCACUUUCCUGGACUAUACGCCGACGAAGAUCUCGGUUGCAUGCUCAGCUUCAGGCUCAGCAGCAAACAAAAGCUCAGCUGCAAGCCCAACUCUCCCAGCAGACAAAGCUCAGCUUCAAGCUCAACUCGUCCAACAUGCAAAAUCACAAAUGCUCACCCAGCAAGCGAAAGCCCAGCUUCAAGAUCAGUUAGCAGCUCAAGCAAAAGCACAUUGGCUGCACAGCAGUUGAAAGAGUCCAAAGCUCAGCCAAGUGCUGCCCAAAUUUCAGUUGCCCAACAGGCUCAACAAUUGGUGCAAGCUCAUCAGAGUUUCCCGAUGAGUAUGAGGAACUACACGAGACCUCUCCAAGUGUCUUCCGUUGCGGGAAAUCUGGCGAUGCCCGAAGCAGUAUCUCGCAUAUCAACCGGUCCAACAGUCUUAGUCGACAACAGCCUCGAGAACCAAGUCAAAAACUCCAUAAUUCCUGCAAACCAUCGUCCAAUCGAUCCAAUGCAAGAACCUUUACCAUCUCGGCCACCAGUCAAAUGGGUUUCAAGCUCUCGCCCAAUAUUGGUGACCCCGGAACCAACGUCCUUAAGUGGUCCUGCUUUAUCCAAAUUGGAGAUCAAACCCGAACUUUUGGCGAAUGGUACUCAUCUCAUGGGUCAUAGUGUUGAAGAUUUGGCUGCUGCUACAAAUAUUUCGGUGGAGACGAUACAAGCAGCAAUUUUGUUGAGGCAACAGCAAUUAAUGAAUCAACAUAAAGUAGCAAUUUCUACGAGGAGGCCGAUAACUACUACGAGUACGACGACUUUUAGACCGAUUGUCUUGCCAUCACAAAAAAUCGCACAUAAACAGGUGUCGGCAACUAACAAAGUGAUGAAUGCACCACGUGAAUAUUAUCCAGUUGGUUACGAGAAGAACUUCGACGACAAUUUCGCGUCGAGAGUUGAGCUGCCUGAAACCAGCUUCUACUGCGGUGACCAGAAGCACUUUCCUGGACUAUACGCCGACGAAGACCUCGGUUGCAUGGUGUUCCAUGUUUGUGCUUUGACCGACGAUGGACUCAUCAUGAAAUCCUUCCUGUGUCCUGAAUCAACCUUAUUCGAUCAGACUAUUCUGAAAUGCAACUGGUGGUUCUAUGUCGAUUGCAAGAGUUCCAAACGAUUAUACGAUUCGAAUAUACCAAUAAGUAAAAGCUAUCAGCUUAUGAAAGCUUUGACUUUCUUUUCGAGUUAUAAGAAGGAUCAAGGACAAAAAGCCGAAGGACAAUUUUCACCAGAGGAUAUAGCUAAGGAAUUAAUAAAUGAAUCCAGGAUUUGAGAAGAUUGACCCUGGACUUCAAUUGGAGCUGGUUAUUAUUUGGAACCCGUUAAGAAUAUUGAAAGAUGAAAACCUCAUUGAUCUUAGUAAUAUGUCUAGGGUGGGCAUUGAUCUGGCAACUGGAGGCCCG